GGCGAAUCUGCCUUGUUUUGUAUCGGGUUGCCGGCGUGCUGCAGCGAACGCUCAACGCAGUAAACGUCUAAACGAGCGAACACUGAGCAGUGAGCAGUAAAAUUCAAGUCGCUGUUAAUUUUAAGAAGAGUUUAAAGUAGAGAUGGCAGAUAUCUUACUCAGCGAGGCAGAAAAGACAUUUAUUCUCCAUGGAGUCAGAGACAAUGUUCGUAACGAUGGCCGAUCUUGUUCAGAAUUUCGGCCUAUUGAAUUGGAGCUUGGACUAGUUGAAAAUGCCAAUGGGUCAGCCCGAGUCAGACUAGCGAAUACAGAUGUACUCGUUGCAGUCAAAUGUGAAAUCGACAACCCUUCCAGCAACUUUCCAGAUGAAGGAAAGCUGGAUUUCUUUGUCGACUGCUCUGCCAACGCCACACCACAAUUCGAAGGAAAAGGCGGGGAGCAGUUGGCUGUAGAAUUAGCAGCUCUAAUGUCCAGAGCUUAUCAAACUAGGGAAUCGUUUAAUCUAAGCACUCUUUCCAUUAUUAAAGGCAUGAAGUGUUGGAAAUUGUGCAUCGAUGUGUUGAUUUUAGAGUGUGGUGGUAGUCUAAUUGACGCCAUAUCUAUGGGGACAAAAGCAGCUUUGGCGGACACAAAAAUUCCUAAGGUGUCUGUCAUUGGCAGUGAUGAAGGGAGUUUGGAAUUGGAGCUUGCAGAUGAAGCUGAUGGCAGAGAGGAGCCCCUUGAUUGGCAUCAUGCACCUUGCUUAGUUACCCUAAAUAAGCUUGAGGACUCUUUGCUGGUGGAUGCGAGUGCUGAGGAGGAGGCUUGCUGCGCAGCUGCCCUCAUUGUAGGUGUGUCACCAAAUAAGAAAAUCACCACCACGUCGAUACCUGGCCAUGGCAGUUUUCUGGCAGACUCAAAAGUAUUCACAAGGGCUCUUAAUUUGGCAGUUGAUGUAGGUGUUAAGUUGAAUACAGCUCUUGAAGCUGCUAUCAAGAAACACCAAACCCUAAAGCCACCACCGAGAGGUUUUCUUGAUUAAAGUUUUGUUUAUCUGUAAGUAUAACCACAUUUGUAAUAAAAUCAAGGAAUAUCCUGAAAACUUAUUGGGUUUAUUUUUACCAUGUCGAUUUAAAAAAAAUAACUUGUACAAAAUUUUCGCGUCAACAUUUUACUUUUAACAUGGAUUGUGAUGGAUUUGAAGAAAUGAUUAUAGAAUUAUAUUUGAGUCUUUUUAUGUAUCAAAUUUGAGAAAGCUUGAAUCACUAACUAAUAUUUUCAAUUAAAUUUUAUAAAUAUCUUAGGGAAAAUUUUUAUUUUGGCUCUGCGCUUAUAAUCAUUUAUUUGCCAAAAGACGCGAGAUGCGUAUUGCGUCUGCGUGUUCAUACCUUAACGGUUUCCAUGGUCUCCACCAGUGCUCCCCUCCUCCAAUCUCGUGAUCCCAUGACCCAUCCCCCCUUGUUGAAUAAAAAUCAUAGGAAAGCAACCACUUGUUGAUGCUCUUCACAAGUCUUCUCUAGCUCUUUAACUCUCCUGUUUGAAGAGCUGUCACUGGCAUACGUCCACUUUACAUCUUCCUCUUCGCGUCAUUAGUUGGGCAAAUUGGUAAUUGAGGGAAAGACGAAGCGUGUCAUCGACCUGCCAGACAGUCCAGGUCUUGUGUAUGUCGAGAGCAAGGACCGAAUUACUGCCGGCGAUGGUGUCAAGGCGCAUG